AUGGAGGAGGAAUGGCCUGCGGAAGCACUUGCACUCGUCCGGAAAGAUAACAUGAGGGAGAGAGCAAAGAUAGACUACAAAGCCUGGGAGCGCAUCUAUCCCGAGGCGCAUUACGGGACCGUGCAGAAGAGGAUCAAACGGAUGAGGAUGAAGCUCCGCCAACAAGAUCAUAGACGCGCCGCCUUUGAUCACGCUCGAGGAGCUCCUGCACAUGUCACUGGUAUCGACGAGGACGGGCUUGACGAAGAGGAGUGCCCCUCUGGUGACGACUCUCGAGAAGAAGCACAGAAUCCCGACCCCAUCGACGAGCAUGACGGCGAUGGUAGAAAUGAGGAUGACAAUGUUCCAUUUGUUGGGAUAUCUCGAGCAGCGCAAGACCUCGACAUACUGGUUGGUGCGCCACUCAGAUACAAAGAAGAGUUGAUCAACAUAACCUUGCGACAUUUCACGUGUAACGAAAAGGCACUGUCGGAAGUGCAGAAAGCUCUGCCAUGGAGUUCAUCACAAGGCGCGGCGCGGACUCACUUUUAUAAUUGUCAAAACGCACUAGUGGCUCUUGGCCUGCUUCGAAAAAAGCCGGAGCGCCCAAUCAGUAACGAAGAACGACGUGCAGUUCGCGCACAUCCCGGCCGCAUUACCAAGCGGAAGAGCCACUUUUGGCACAAGAUUUUUCCGGGAAUAGUUCGCAAACGCAGCUUAGGGAGAAAAGUAAAACUGCUGAGAGAGACGAUUGCUCUCCAAGACUACCGCUCUGCAUAUCUACAACGCACUGGAAUGGUAGCAGAGCAGUCGAUGGAUGGGUCGGACGACGAGGACCCAGGCAGCGAUAACGAGCAGGAGGCAAUGGACGACGGCGAAGACGAUGCAGAUUGA